CGUCACCUAUUCGUUCCCGACUAUCGGUGGCGUCGCUUCACAGCCAUCAAACUUCUUAAAAUCUUAUACAUUUUCACCUCCCACACCCAAUUGGCCUUUCCUCAUUCUCCCAAAAUACGCUUUCAGCAUCUCAUAACAAGAUAGAUACAUCCCGGAUCCUCUCUCAGAACUAAAACGACAUCGGUUCGGGAUGAGGCAUGACAUUCCGCUGCGCAGUGUCCGGGACCACUUUGGCCGCUCACGCAGUCCGACCGCGCCGAUAUCUACUAUACGCCUCUUUUCUUGUAGCACCAACUGCCAGCUCGACAGUCAAGCAGCAGCAGCAACGACAGCAGAAGCCGUUCCACAGCACCGCGGGCCUCCGAGAUGAGCAGAUCGACAACUCCCGGAACCACUAUGAGACACUAAAACUACAGCCGGGCGCAACGCCUGCUGAUAUUAAAAAGUCCUUCUACGCCCUCUCCAAAUCCCACCACCCCGACGUCAACCCCUCCAACCCGCACGCCUCCCGACGCUUCAUGCGCAUAAGCGAAGCCUACUCCAUACUCUCCAUCCCCGCCAAGCGCGCCGCCUACGACAGGGACACCUUGCGCCUAAACCACCCCUCCUCCUCCUCCCCUUCCUCUCACCCCCACCACCGCGGCUCCUACAGCAGCACCAACCCCGCCGGCGGCCGCCCCGCUUCGGGCCUAAGCCGCCGCCGCGGCACUUUCCAGGGUCCCCCACCGAGUUUCUUCCGCAGCGGCGGCUGGGGCUCCCACGGCGCCAAGCGCCGCGCCGCGCACGAUGAGAGUACUGGGUCCGCUUCUUCUUCUUCUACGUCUCAUACCUCCUCCGCAGGCACGGACUCCUUCGGCUCAGGGGGUAUGGGACCAGGGCAAACACCCUUUGGCCGCGGCGCUGAAGAUGACGUCCCGCACUUCGACCGGGUAUCGCAUGAGCGCACGGGCCGGCAUAUUGAUAGUCGGCGAGCGGUGCGGCGCGCGCACCUCGACAGUCAGUACAUCAACGUCGAGCCGGAGCGGAGUACCGCCGGCAUGUUCUUCCUGAUUGGCGGUGUGCUGGUGCUGAGCGUGUUGGGUCCAUUCGUGAUCAGUAGGAUAUGGAAUCGGGGUAGUGGGGGUGGGGAUAAAAAGUUGGAGAGGAAGGGGAAAUAGGAUUCGUUAGUUCGGCGGCGCAGUAGAAUCGACCGCCUGCAUUUACUAUACGUCACAGCGAGUAAAAUUUUGAAGGAGAAUGCGGAGACAAAGAAAUCUCCCAUGAUUACAGAAGCGCAAAGAGUUCUGUAUAUUCAGAACGAUGCGAAUAUUAGCAUCUGGACGGCAUCGAACGUCCGAGACGUCUAAGUCUACAAUUGAGAUAUUUUGACUCGUAUGAGAAGAAUCCUGCUUGUUUUGUAGAGCAUACAAAUAAUGACGAAAGGGUAUUGGGCAUGAUUCCCGGGAAUUCGUCUACAAAAGUCCGAAAAUACUCCUUUAGCCUUGGACUAACUAAUCUAGCUCUCGAAGGUGAAGCUGGCGCCGACCUUGUGGGUGGCCUGCUCCAGCUUCUGGGUGUCGAAAGAAGCGCCGAGACCUAGGGUAACGCCAGGGCGGAGAAGAACGUUGUAGGAGACGGCAGCAACUCCACGGUCGUUGAUCUUGGCCUAAUUUUAUUCCGUUAGCAAUUUCCUAAGUUACAGAGCCUGGUUGGAUCGAGAAUUGAACAGACCUUGGCGAAGGAGACGGGGUCA